AUGACUGAAACAAAUCAACCACCGAUAGCUUAUUCAGUCGACGAGAAAAAACGAAAAGUAAUUGUGGUUGAAGAUGGACAAAAAGCAGACGAAUUACAAGAAGAGAUUACAGCAUCGACUGUUGUCGAUGAGGAAGAAAAUCUUCUUACUCCAGAACAAAUCAAGGAAUUCUUCACAGCAACUGCAGAAGGUUCAAUCGAACGAUUAAAUGAAUUGUUCGAUAAAACUCCACAUUCUGAUCCAAAUAUGACACAAUUCGCUGAAUCUCUACUGAUGGCAGCGAUUCGUGCUAAACAAGAAAGAGUCGCCGAGUAUUUAAUCGAUCAGUUCGCGAUUGACGCUGAUCACAAAACUGAAUUACUAGAAUUUCGCGUACGUGGGAAAAUUCCGAUCUAUGAACGGACAUUAUCAUCACGAGAUUUAGCUUAUGAUGAAGGUAUGAUGAAUCUUGUGGAUUUAAUUGACAUAGCAAGCAAGGAGGUGAAACCGAGCACGAAACGAUUUUUACAACGAAGAAUUCAGCCAACUUUAGAUGGAAUCCAUCAAGCUUAUGUCAAACGUUUGGAAGAACGUAAAACACAUUCGAUUAAACGUGUCGAGGUAAAAGAAUCCGAAGAAACCUCAAUUAUUGAAAGCAAGGACAAUAUUGACUCAUCAUCUCCAUCUCCCUCAUCACCAGCACCGCCAACGUUGGUGCCCAUUAUCGAUCGUUCUUGUAAAUCAUAUAUCGAAGAAACACUUCACAAUAUUCAAUCCUCUAAUGAAAAAUCCAUUGACGAAACAGGUAAAAAAUAUUUUCGAUUUUCUGGUUAUACCCUUCGCUAUCGCAUCGUCGAUACGAUCAAUCCACACAAAGAAAAGCCACGAAAGAUCCACCCGAAAAAGCCGGUAUUUUCUUUUUCAACAACUCUUCCACAAAUCAACUCUCGAUCAUCACCGUCGACACUUUCCACAUCAAAAUCACACACAUCAACAUCCAAUGUGAAUUCUCGUUCAAUGAUUAAUCUCAAUACGCCAGUCUCGAUACGGGAAACACGAACAUCUAUAUGUCGAUCUGCUCUACAUCGAAUGACACCUCGUGCUCCUUCUCGAACCAACUCAGAUUGUAAUUCAGAUGUCCAAUCCACAAUUCUUCCGGUUAACAACAUUCCUCGAUUCGUCCUGCCAAAGCGAAUUCCACGAGUAAAUACAAAUUAUGAAUACAUUCCUCAAUCGCCUUCACCGAUCUUAUACAAAGAAUCAGAUAAUUUCAUUCCUGUUACACUGAAAUCUACUGCGAUCGGUCUACCAUCCGAUAAAGUAAUUAUUCGAGAUUAA